GUUUUGAACUGCUCCAUGUCAUGCAAGGCUUUCAAGUUUUGUAACUGUCAAAUUUGCCAAGUGGGCCGAGCGACAGAAACAUUCCCACAUUCUUCUUCUCAAACACUGCUUUAUAAACAUAGAGGUGACACUGACUUUAAGCACAAGUUCUCUCACUUCGGAGUCAGCUUUCAUCAAGAAGACAACAUGAGUGACUCUGAGGACAAGAAGAAGAAGAAGCAUGAAUCAGGGUCCGACAAUUCAGGAUCCGAGUCUGACGGAUCUGGUGGAGGCAAAGGGAAGAAGAAGGACAAGGGGAAAGGAAAGGACAAGAAUAAAGGAAAAGACAAGGGAAGUUCUGAAAAAGGAAAAGGACACAAAAAAGGAGGAAAGAGCUGAAAGAAAAGCUGGAGAGUCUUAAAUAAAUGAAAAUAUCAAUAAAUCUGUUCUGUGAUUUUGA